AUUUAGUGUGAAGUGAUUUGCCUUGCUGAUCGCACUCCUCAGGUAUCAGCCUGUGGAUGUUCAGUCUAACGUGAUGCCUCGUUUCACGGUCCACGUUCGGGACGAGUGGCUAACCGUUCCAUGCAAAGAUGCCACCUGCUCCAUUAAAUGGUUGGGUUUUGAAGCUCUCAAGCGCUACAUCAAGAACAAACCUGACAAUGGAGGGAUCCAGCACAUCAAAGAUGUGCAUUUUGGGGUCAAAAGAUGUCAGGGAUUGGGCUUGCUGGACAAUGACGAUACCAUAGAAGAUGUGCUUGAGGAUAAUGACUUUGUUGAACUUGCUAUUGAAGGGGACACCAUGUCACAAGAUUUCAUUCCAAGUCAGCCUGGGACGUCACAUCUAACAAGAGCAUACAGAGAACCAGAACAAUACAUUUCUCUAGAUGGGAACAGCCUGACCUCAACUGAUCUUGUGAAUUUAGGGAAAGGCCUGUAUAAGAUUAAGCUGACCCUAGAGGCUGAGCAAAAGGUUGUGCAAUCAAGAGAGCUUCUGGACACCAUUGUGAAAGAAAACAAAGUCGUUUAUGGCAUCACUACAGGAUUUGGUAAAUUUGCUCGGACUGUCAUCCCAGUCAGCAAGCUUAAGGAGCUUCAAGAAAAUCUUCUGCGCUCACACUCCUCAGGUCUGGGAAGCCCUUUAAGUCCUGAAAGAACUCGAAUGCUGCUUGCACUGAGGAUCAAUGUGUUGGCCAAAGGGCUCAGCGGGAUUUCACUGGAGACCCUGCACCGCAUGAUCCAAGCCUUCAAUGCCUCCUGUUUAUCGUACGUCCCGGAGAAGGGUACGGUCGGUGCGAGCGGAGAUCUUGCCCCUCUUUCUCACCUCGCCCUCGGCCUGAUGGGAGAAGGCCAGAUGUGGUCACCCAAGAGCGGCUGGGCGGACUCCAAAUACGUUUUGGAAGCACAUGGUCUGAAGCCCAUAUCUCUGAAGCCAAAGGAGGGACUGGCUCUGAUCAAUGGGACUCAGAUGAUCACGUCAUUGGGAGCAGAGGCCGUGGAGAGAGCUGAGGCCAUCGCCCAGCAGGCUGACAUCAUUGCUGCCCUGACCCUGGAAGUCCUCAAGGGGACCACCAAAGCCUUUGAUAGUGAUAUUCAUGAGCUGCGACCUCAUCCAGGACAGAAGGAAGUGGCCCUGCGUUUCCGGUCCCUGUUAGACUCUGAUCACCACCCGUCUGAAAUUGCAGAGAGCCAUCGGUUUUGCGACAGGGUUCAAGAUGCCUACACCAUGCGCUGUUGUCCACAGGUCCAUGGAAUUGUCAAUGACACAAUUGAGUUUGUCAAGAAAAUCAUUAAUACAGAAAUCAACAGUGCCACAGAUAAUCCUAUGGUUUUUGCAGAGAGAGGUGAGACCAUAUCUGGCGGAAACUUCCAUGGAGAAUAUCCAGCAAAGGCUCUUGAUUAUUUGGCGAUCGGGGUGCACGAGUUGGCCUCCAUCAGUGAGAGACGUAUCGAACGUCUCUGCAAUCCUUCUCUCAGUGAGCUGCCUGCAUUCCUGGUCAAUGAAGGAGGCCUGAACUCUGGUUUCAUGAUCGCACACUGCACUGCUGCAGCUCUUGUUUCAGAGAACAAAGUGCUUUGCCACCCCUCCUCUAUUGAUUCACUGUCCACUAGUGCGGCCACGGAGGACCACGUGUCUAUGGGAGGCUGGGCCGCACGUAAAGCCCUCAGAGUGGUCGAGCACGUCGAGCAAGUGCUAGCUAUCGAGUUGUUAGCUGCCUGUCAGGGUAUUGAGUUUCUACGCCCCCUACGUACAACGACCCCAUUGGAGAAAGUGUAUGAUCUUGUGCGAGCCACAGUAAAGCCCUGGAUUAAAGAUAGAUUCAUGGCUCCAGACAUUGAAGCUGUACAUCGGCUUCUUGUAGACCAAAAGGUGUGGAACAUUGCUGGACCAUACAUUGAGAAAUACUGUAUGGAAUACAUCCCAGAGUCCCGCCCCUCUUCCCCAACAGCCUUUGCUCUGGACCCACCCCCAUCACCACGGAAACGGGUCAGGCUGGAGUGACAGGAUGGCAUCCUGCUGAUACUGUCCUAUAGUCUCACAUUCAAUACAUUAAGAUGAAUUUAUAUAGCGCAUGUAAAAUGUGUGCAUAUUCCAGCAUAGUUCUUAACUCUUUAAUGUUGUUUUUUCCUUGAAUGAAGUUCAUUAUACAAUGUGAAUUAUUACACUUCUACUGUAAGACUCGAGCGUAUUUUGCCAUUUGUUGGUCCUUAUGCGGGUUCUCAGUUUCUGAGUGAAGUGUCUUUUUUCUUUCCCACUUUCUCAGAAGGUAGCACACAUUGACUGCAGAACAGAGACUGUAUUCAUUGGGAUAUUGAAACGAGUAAUUGCAUCCGUCUGGUUAUAAAGGAAGUGUAUUUGAACUCAUGACACAGAGGGAUUUUGACAGAUGGAAGGAUGUUAUUCUUUGUCCCUUGACUCGCCACCUUGACUCGAAAUAUGUUUGACUUUCCCUUUUUUGGCUCUUUGUCAAUUCCCUUUUUACAUUCUACUCAACAUAUCAGUUUUAAUUUACCUUAGUGUUGCUACUAGCAAAUCCAUUGGUUCAUAUUUGAGAUGAAAUGUGUA